GCGCGGAGACAGAGCGCAAUCAGCGCAGGCGCAGUGCGCAGCUCGACCCGGGCCUGCAGUAGUGGAGCGAUUAGCUCGUCAUGGCGCGGUUCCGUGUGCUCUUUCUCUCGCUCUCGCUCUCGUUUGUGGUUCAGUCCGUCGUGUCGAUCUCAUUUUACCUGCCGGUGCGCAGCAGAAAGUGUCUACGGGAGGAGAUCCAUAAAGACGUGCUCGUUACCGGAGAAUACGAGAUCAUCGAGCAGCCGAACACGAAAACCAACCUGAAGAUCACAGACUCCUCCGGACACAUCCUCUAUGUGAAAGAAGAGGCAACCAAAGGCAAGUUUGCCUUCACCACUGAGGACUAUGACAUGUUUGAGGUGUGCUUCGAGAGCAAGUCACCUAUGGGAACUGGAAGAGUUCCUGACCAACAGAUCAACUUGGACAUGAAGCACGGUGUUGAGGCCAAAAAUUACGAAGAGAUUGCCAAGGUUGAAAAACUGAAGCCCCUGGAAGUCGAACUCCGUCGGCUGGAAGAUCUUUCAGAGUCUAUUGUCAAUGACUUUGCCUACAUGAAGAAGAGAGAGGAGGAGAUGAGAGAUACUAAUGAGUCCACCAACACGCGCGUGCUGUACUUCAGCAUCUUCUCCAUGUGCUGUCUGAUCGGUCUGGCCACGUGGCAGGUCUUCUACCUGCGCCGCUUCUUCAAAGCCAAGAAGCUCAUUGAGUAAACUCUGCCUGAACAAUCAGGGACCCAGAACUUCUUCCUGACAUCAGAACCUCCGGCCCCUGACAUUUUGCUUUGCCUCGGUGAUUUAUUCCGGUCGCCGCGGGUGACCUGAAGUUUAUCGGGAGUGGACGUGCAUCAGGGAAUUCUCUGGGAAGAGAUUGAUGCGUGGCGGCCAAAUUGUCUUUCAGUGUGUGUACACUUUUGAUACAGGCUUGUUCAGUAUCAUUUGGAAAAAAAAUCACCCAGUUUUUUUUCCCUUUUUUUUCUUGUAUUUAUACUAAAUGACAGCACAAGCCCCUAUAACUGAUAAAAGAUACACUUCUGUGAGAGAAAGUUUGUGGUCAUUGAGUGAGUGUGUGUGUGUUAUUACUUUAAUCUGUUUCGCCUAUUAUUUGGAAAGAAUGAUUGUUUCUCAUGAACAGGUUGUAGACUGAUGUGUCUGUAUUAUUUCUGUAAAGACUUAUGUUUGGUAAUGCAAAGCCGUUUUAUCGAAAUGAAGUCCCACUCACUGCAAGUGAAGAGAGAGCGAUCGCACAUCAGAGCUACAAGCUGGGUUCGAGAAAUGUACUAAUUUUUAAGCAGUUUUAUUUUGUGGAGCAGAAUCUCUUUUAGUUUGCUUCUUAUGGGAAAGUGUGAGUUCAUCUGUGAUAGAAGUCUUUAUUUGUUGAUUGUUAGUCUCUCCACAGACUGAAUAAAUGUUCAAUCCAACAGAACUCUUGCAGUGGGCCUGAGGUUAAAGGUCCAUAAAUGUCAUCACUGCUCCGUCAAUUCUGGUUUGAUUUGUUAGAGGAUCUACCUGUAUUUGACAGAUCAAACUAGACUCAUUUUUCAUUUUCUCUUCUUUUCAAAAGCUUUUAUGGAAUAGUGGUUACACAUGUCCUGGGUUUGGAUCAGAUUUAUUAUUAUUAUUUUGCUGCCAGUGGUUUAAUUUUUUGUUCCUGUGUUCAAUAAAUUUCAGCGGCAGUGUUUUUGAUUCUAAUUAAUUUUGGUGAAAGUGGAUUUCGGAAAAAUAAUUGGCUCGUCAUUCAAUAAAAAUUGUUAGUAAAGUA